CCGCUCUGCCCAAUCAGCGCGCGCCAGAGCCACGAGUGACGGCAGAAGCAGCCAAUCGCAGCCAGCGGCGGGCUCUGCACACGGCACGGCCUCGCCUGCCUUGGGCUGAGCUCCGCCAUUUCUCGUUAGCCUGGGCUGAGGAGCGGCCCCGACGCUGGGCCCGGCCCGGGCAGGAGGCCAAGGAAGCGCCGCUGCGCUGAAGCGCCGGGAGCUCGGGGUGCCCGGGAGCUGAGGGCGCUGCGAGCUGGGGAUACUUGAAGCUGCUUUUUAGCCUGAAAAUGAAGCCAUUUCACAGAGGCUUCCUCUACCUCUUCUCCUUGUCCUCCUGACUGGAUCAAGUCAUCCACAUCCUGCAUUAAGCCAGUCCCUGGGGGUGUAAGAUUCUGAGUGGAUGGAGAGGCCCCUGUGUCCAUCAGGAAAGGUCUCCUCUGGAUCCAGAGCCACCCUGGAUGUUCCCAAGGGCUGCAGUGUGACACAAGAUGCCCAGUGUCUUUCUGAGAUGAACUUGGGCAAGGAGGAACCCCCAGUCCAAGGCGCUCUCCUGUCUUUUUUUCCUCCUAACCAGGAAUUUUCAUUCCCAAACUGUGUCCAGAUGGAAGAGGAGGAGGAAAAGCCCCAGAGAUCCCGCACGAGGAGGGGCUGCAAACCCAGCCCAGGGAGCUGCGAGGAGGAAAGAUCCCCCCAGUGCCAGGAACACAGCCAGAGAUCCAGCCAGAGCUCAGAGCUGGGGGGGAAGCCCCACAGGUGCUUGGAAUGUGGGAAGGGCUUCAGGUACAGCACCCACCUGAUCCAGCACCAGGUGAUUCAUACCGGGGAAAAGCCCUACGAGUGUGGGGAAUGUGGGAGGAGCUUCAGCCAGAACUCCAACCUUUGGAAACACCAGAGAAUCCACACUGGGGAACGGCCCUAUGAGUGUGGGAAAUGUGGGAAGAGCUUCAGAGAGAUCUCUGACCUGAUGACACACCAGGUGAUCCACACAGGGGAACGGCCCUACACCUGCUUGAAAUGUGGGAAGAGCUUUGGGUGGAGCGCCGCCCUGAGGGCACACCAGCGCAUCCACACUGGGGAGAGGCCCUACGAGUGUCCUGAGUGUGGGAAGAGGUUUCAGACCAGCUCCCAUGUCCUCAGACAUGAGCGGAUUCACACAGACGAGAGGCCCUUCCGCUGCCCCGACUGCGGGAAGGGAUUCAAGCACAACUCCAACCUCACCGUCCACCGGUGCAUCCACAGUGGGGAGAGGCCCUACGAGUGUCCCCAGUGUGGGAAGAGCUUCUCCAGGAGCUCUGACUUGACCAAACACCAACGGAGUCACCAGUAAAGGAAGCCCUGCGAGUGCCCCGAGUGCGGGAAGAGCUUCGUGCGCUGCUCCAGCUCCAUCCCCCAUGGGAGGAUCGGCGUUGGAUGAUCCCCAGUGACCCCCGUUGGGCAGAGCCCUGGUGAUCCGUGGUCCUGAUGAUGCGUGUUGGGAAGACACCUGGCUGGGAGGCCCCACAUCUUCCUGGCUCCCUGUGGGCACCUGGAUGAAAACAGGGGAAUGAAAAUCCAACAGGAUACAGAAUGACAUUGGGAAUUGUUGACUAUAAAUCCUAGAGAAGCUUUUGCCUCAGGAGCUGUGUGGGCAGAGAAAAGGGUGUGACACCAGGCUUGGGGGGCCCCAGGGUAGCACACACGCUCUAUGGGGGGGGAGGACACGACCCCCGAGACCCCCCCUCACCUUCCUGCGCAGGCAGAAGCCGAGCCCCAGUGCCAGGAAGAUGAAGCCCAACCCAGAAACUUCAGUCCCCAUCAGCAUCUUGCUGUGGGUGGCGUUUGACAGCAUCCCAGGGGGGUCUGCACAGGUCAGGACCCCCAAAACCUCUCACAGACACCCCAAGCCUUUCCAAGGACCCUCUGAAACCUCCUUUGGCGUCACUAAUUUUAAAAAAUUAGGUAUUUUAGAAAAAUUAGGGAUCUUAUCUAGAGAUAAGCCUUGCUGGAACUAGUUAGAGUUAAUGAUGAAGUGAGAAGUGUAGAGGAGUGGCUAGAGAGCAAAGGUCAUGUUCCCAUGCAGCAGUUAGCUGAGAAAGAAUUAGACAAUAGAGUACAGUCAGUGUGAGAUGUUGCAAAGUUAGGAAGACCUUAGUGAUAAUUGUUAACUGUGAACAGGAUGCUGUGAUCAGAAGAAUGUGAAUUCAGCAUAAAUGAGCGAUCACAGGAAUGUGGAAUUAGGUGGAGUUGACCUUAAAUGAAAUAUCCAAAAAUGAGCUUGCUUUUGCACUAUGUAUGAGCCCAAUUAUGGAUGCUAUAUAAGUGGUUUUAGAGUUACCAAUAAAUGAGACUUGCUGAUCAUUCA